AUGAGGGAAGUCGCACUCGCAAAUACGAGCGUCGCCGACAACCUCACUUCGCCUACCAGGCCAGCGCGCAGCAGCAGCAGCAGCACAUCUCCGGCACCGAGCCACAGCCCGCACGUAUACGGGCCACACAUCCCAACACCUACCUUCCCCACGCCAGAGCAAUCACUCGUAGAAUCCAACGAGGACUUAUAUCGAAGGAUACGAGUACAGCAAGAGUCUCGAUACUUUACCGAGAGUAACUGUAGAGAAGAAGGAAACCAUACGUCGCCUAGCGGUAGCAGCGCGGCUACGGUGUUUACUUCCGAGCCAUCGAGUUCGGAGAGUAGCGGUCUCGUCUCGUCCCCGCCGGAAGGCUUAAGCGAGGAUCACCGCAGUGGCGCGGCUGGCGAUGAUGCGUACGACUCGCAGGCAACUGAGAGCGCACCCGAAGACGAUACGUCUGGUCGGGGAGAUGUAGAGGAAGAGUAA